AUGUGUCCAACAUUGGGGGUUGAAGUACAUCCAUUAACUUUUCACACAAACUUUGGACCAAUUUGUUUCAAUGCAUGGGAUACAGCAGGUCAAGAAAAAUUUGGAGGGCUUAGAGAUGGUUAUUACAUACAAGGUCAAUGUGCCAUUAUCAUGUUUGACGUAACAUCACGUAUUACAUACAAAAACGUUCCGAAUUGGCAUAGAGAUUUGGUUCGUGUAUGUGAAAACAUCCCUAUUGUUCUUUGUGGAAACAAAGUUGACAUAAAGGAACGUAAAGUCAAAGCUAAAACCAUUACAUUCCAUCGCAAAAAAAAUUUACAAUAUUAUGACAUAUCUGCUAAAAGUAAUUAUAACUUUGAAAAACCAUUUUUGUGGUUAGCUAGAAAACUUAUCGGAAAUCCAAAUCUUGAAUUUGUUGCUUCUCCAGCUCUUGCACCACCGGAAGUUGAACUUGAUCAAGCUCUAGUAGAACAAUAUAAUAAGGAAUUACAAGUUGCUUCAGCUCAACCUCUUCCCGAGGAGGAAGAUGACCUCUAA